AUGAGCGUCCAGGACCCACCCAGACUCCUGCAACUGGCGGGGCAGAGCCUGCUGAGGGACGAGGCCGUGGCCAUCCCCGCCCUGGAGGAGCUGCCAACGGAGCUCUUCCCACCACUAUUUAUGGAGGCCUUCACCAAGAGUCGCAGCAAAACCCUGAUGGCCAUGGUGCAGGCCUGGCCCUUCACCCGCCUGCCUCUGGGGGCCCUGAUGCUGACCCCUGACCUGGAGACCCUAAGAACUGUGCUGGAGGGGCUCGAUGUGCUGCUUGCCCAGAAGGUUCGCCCCAGUGGGUGGAAGCUGCAAGUGCUGGAUUUACGGGAAGUUGAUGAGAACUUCUGGAGCAUGUGGUCUGGAGCCCCUGUGAGGUCCCCACGGGCCACGAGUCAGAGGCAAACAGGGGAGGACUGUCCAGGCAUGGGAAGGCAGUGGCCACUGAAGGUGGUCGUAGACCUCCUUUGCUUCCACGAUAGUGACCUACAUGAAUUUCUCACGCAUGUCUUUGAAUGGGCCCUGCAGAGGAAGGAUUUAGUCCACCUGUGCUGUAAGCGGGUGGUGCUCUGUGGAAAGCAAAUCUACGGUGUCAAAAAGUUUUUAGAAAUGGUGGAGCUGAAGUGUAUCCAGGACGUGAAAAUGCGUAACUUCUGGGGACUGUACCAACUAGGAUGGUUUGUCCCUUACCUGGCCCAGAUGAAGAGUCUUCGUAAACUCCACCUCACCUAUAUCUUGGAGCGUAACUACACUUGGCUAGAGAGGGUGGGACAGACUGUCGCCAGAUUCACCUCUACGUUCCUCAAGCUGGACAACCUCCACAAGCUUCAUCUGUACAGGGUCCCCUUCCUCAAGGACCAUCUGGACCAGUUAGUCAGGUGCCUCAAGACCCCCCUGGAGUCCUUUGCAAUAACUGAGUGCUGCCUUUCAGAACUAGAAAUGGAGCGUCUGUUCCUGUGCCCAAGCACGCAUCAGCUAAAGGAGCUGGAUCUGACUGGCAUCAAACUGAGCAGUUUCAAUCCUGAGCCCCUCCAAAUUCUACUAGAGAACAUUGCAGCCACCCUGCAGGUCUUGAUCUUAGAGGACUGUUGGAUCACAGACUACCAGCUUAGUGUCAUCCUGCCUGCCUUGAGCCGCUGCCACCAGCUCAUGACUUUAAACUUCAGUGGGAACCAAAUCUCCAAGGCCAUUCUUGAGAACCUGUUGGGCCACACCGUCGGGCUGAGCAGGUUAAGCCUAGAGAUAUAUCCUGUCCCUCGGGAGUGUUAUGAUGAUGGUUUCAAAGAUAUCAACCAGAAGAGAUUUCUCCAGCUUCAGGCUGGGCUGAUGGAGAUACUGAGGGACUUAAGGCAGCCCAAGAGGAUGGAGUUCCGAACCCUCCCCUGCUCUUAG